AUGACACACCAAGCUGAAAGUUACAGCGUUAGCACAAAUCUCGGUUUCGUUAAACAUGCUGAAUUUAUUGCAUCAGUCGCGUACGAAUCGUUACGGUCUUUCGACGAACGGUAUGUUGAAGCAAUAAAUAGUCUCUGGGCUGAUGACGGAGUUUUGGAAUGCUAUUACCGCCGAAGAGAGUAUCAGUUAGCCGACUCUGCUAAAUACUUUUUUACAAAUGUCGAGAGAAUCGCUGCAUCCGAUUACUUGCCAACGCAGCAAGACAUUUUAAGGUCGAGGGUGUCGACAACGGGUAUCGUUGAAUAUACUUUUGACCUGGAUUCAGUAGUAUUUAGAAUGAUUGAUGUCGGCGGACAGAGAUCGGAGAGACGGAAAUGGAUACACUGUUUCGAGAACAUCGAUCCAAUCAUUUUUUUAACUUCCCUAAGUGAAUACGAUCAGGUUUUGUGUGAAUCAGAGAGUGUGAAUCGUAUGCUGGAGAGUAAAUCACUAUUCUACUACAUUCUGAAAUCUCAAUGGUUUGUUGACUCGUCGAUUAUCUUCUUUCUCAACAAGACGGAUCUGCUCGAAGAGAAGAUUAUGUAUUCGAAUUUGGUUGAUUAUUUUCCGGAAUUUGACGGAGAAAAGAAGAAUGCGAAACAGGCGAAAGAAUUUAUUUUAAAAAUGUUUGUUAACCUGAAUCCAGACCCGGAAAUCAGAACGAUCUAUUCUCAUUUCACAUGCGCCACCGACACAGAAAAUAUUCGCUUCGUAUUUGCCGUGGUGAAGGACACAAUUUUACAAAAGAAUAUUAGUGACUUCAAUUUGGUGUAGUAUUCUGGCCAAGGCGCAUUUUUGUUAUUUUUCUCAAAAAUUGACGAAUGAAUUUAUUUUAUUGAAAAUUGACAAAGUUAUUGUGACCA